AUGCAAUGGAAAUCUCGUGCGGAUGCGAUGCCUUGGGUAGGAUUGUAUGUUUGCGUAGCAUCACUGGUUUGCACUCUUGCAAUGGCAGCCGAUGCCUUCCAAGGCUUUCGACAAUGGAAACUUUGGUUUCCAUGCAGAUUUUUCACAAUUAAUGCUGCUUCUAUCACACUGAUAGCAAUUGCAAUGAAGCUAGCAGUGGACCUAGACACCGACAUGUCUGACACAGUUUAUAUGAUCGCAAAGUCUGCAAGCAUCAUUUUCUUGGUCACCAUGGUAGCUAACUUUCUCCCAUCUUUAGGACUUAUGGAUGACAAGGAACUUCUAAUGAACAUGCUAGCCUUUGGUAUACUCAUAAUCACCAUUAGUGUAAAUGUUUGGAUCCAAUUCAGUACUACCGGGCCUUUCACAACCCCAAUACAAUUGCUAAUAUUGAUACUUCCCCUUCCAUGGCCAUUUUCAGUAGCUAUGAUAGUUCCAGCAUCUAGAAGAAUUUUACAACACCACUAUGAGAAGUUGCACGGAUUGGCUUCAGAUCCUCAAGAGAUAAACUUCUCUGGCAAGAGACUCAUUCGGUAUGUUAAAAAGUAUUGGAUGAUGGCAGAGACUGGUAACCUCCAAUUUGUAACUGCUUGUUCACCGGUCUCUUCUGCUUUUGGGGUCAUAUGCUCACUUCUUGCUUGCAUUUCAGUUGUUAUUUUGGUAACACUGUUUAAUGAUUUAUCAAACUUCCAGUAUGGAAAUUCAGAUUAUAACUGGUCAAUCAAUGUGAUUGUUACCUUGCAAUUAGUUGGGGCAAUAGUUGGUAGUAUAGCACCAAUUUUUAGAUGUUUGACUGCGACCAGUCAUUUCAACCUCUCCACAAAAUUGAGCAAGAACCAUCUAAAUGUGUUCAGAGUCGAAAAAGUAUGGAUUGAAAGGCUUCAGUUGUGGAAACAUAGCCAUGUCACGUAUAUCCCAAGUCGCCAUUGCACAAAGGUUUUCCGCAACAUUAGAAAUAUAAUUUUGAACGUUUGUAUUGCGCUUCAGAUAACGGUUGUGGUUAUAUGUAACAUAAUAUGUCUCUUUCCCAGAUCUUCUUUGAUCUUAUUCUCUUUGUUUUGCUAUUUCUGCAAGUCAUUGUUGAAAAGAUUUAAAGAACCAAGUGUAUCUAAUAACAAUGUGAUACUAGAUGUGGAAGAAUAUAGUGCUUAUGUCAUACAAAUUGAAGCCGACACAAAGCUUUCAAAGAGAAUAUUAAGAAAAACAGUCAACUCCAUAAAUCGACUUCUUCAUGAGGCUGAAGAGAAAGAGCCAAGAAAUCUUACGAAGCUUCUCAAGAAAUCUACAGGAUUUUACGGAGUGGUAGAGUUCGACAAUGACCAAGUCCCACCUUUUACAUCAAGAAGAAAUGCAGAACUGCUGGAGCCUAGUAACUGUAACAUUAACUGCCAUUGCCCUUUCACUUCCUAA